UUCCGGGGCGAGCUGCUGAGUCAGAGGUGGACACACGGAGACCAGGCCAGCAGCUGCAGGACCGCGAGGCCCCUCCUGGGCAGACGUAGCAAGAUGAGCUUAGAAAAUGAUGAUAAGCGAGCUCGCACGCGAUCCAAGGCCCUUCGAGGACCCCCAGAGACCACAGGCGCAGACCUCAGCUGUCCCACCCCAGGAUGCACGGGCUCAGGGCAUGUUCGGGGCAAGUACUCCAGGCACCGAAGCUUGCAGAGCUGCCCCCUGGCCAAGAAGAGGAAGCUGGAGGGCACAGAGGCCGAGCACCUGGUGUCCAAGAGGAAGUCCCACCCCCUGAAGCUGGCUCUGGACGAGGGCUACGGCGUGGACAGCGACGCCAGUGAAGACACUGAGGUGAAGGGCGCCUCUGUUUCCGAGGAAUCGGAAGGAGCCGUGGAGGCCGAGGCUGAGCUCUCGGGACAGGAGGAGAUUCAUCGCCUGGAGCCAGCUGCAGGAAGGAGCCCCAUCAAGUCCCAUUUUGGAUCCAACCCUGUCGGCAGCCCUGCUGGCUCCUCCCAGGGCAGCUGCAGCAGCUACCAGGGGGUCAUUGCAGCUUCUCUGUUAAACUUGGGCCAAAUCGCCGAAGGGAGCCUGGCGGGGGAAGACUCAGGCCAGGGGUCCAAACCAGGCCUGCUUCAGGAGGGUGCUGACGAGGGGUCCGCCAGUGAUGAGGGUGAGAAGGACCUUUUCAUCCGGGUGGGAGAUGCAGGGGGGGCUGCUGAUGUCACCAGCGAGUGCCCCCAGGAGCCACGACCUCAGUCCCUGGAGAGUGUGGCCAGAGAGGUGUCCAGCAAGCAGAAAGGUCACCAGGAGGAAGAGGAGGAGGAAGAGGAGGAGGAGGAGGAAGAGGAGGAGGAUGGGAUGGAGGAGGAGGAAGAAGAAGAGGAGGUCGAGGAGGAGGAGGAAGAAGAGGAGGAGGAAGAGGAGGAGGAGGAGGAGGAGGAAGAGGAAGAGGAGGAGGACGAGGAGGAGGACGAGGAGGAGGAGGAGGAAGCAGCCGCUGCUGUGAUCUUCGAGGACGCCUCCCACACCUCUGCCCAGAAGGCCCCUGAGCUCCGGCGCCCAGAGCCGCCCAGUCCCAAGCCCGAGUACUCUGUCAUCGUGGAAGUCCGCUCGGACGAUGAUAAGGACGAGGAUGCACGUUCCCAGAAGUCAGCGGUCACUGAUGAGUCUGAGAUGUAUGACAUGAUGACCCGUGGGAACCUGGGCCUCCUGGAGCAGGCCAUUGCCCUCAAGGCUGAGCAGGUGCGCGCUGUUUGCGAGCCGGGCUGCCCACCCUCCGAGCAGGGCCAGCCGGGGCCCGGAGAGGCAGGCAAGGCAGUGAAGUCCCUGGAUGCCGUGCGCAAGAGCUACUACAGCAAAGAUCCUUCCAGAGCUGAGAAGCGGGAGAUCAAGUGUCCGACCCCAGGCUGUGACGGCACUGGCCACGUGACGGGGCUGUACCCGCACCACCGCAGCCUGUCCGGCUGUCCCCACAAGGACAGGAUCCCCCCAGAGAUCCUGGCCAUGCAUGAGAACGUGCUGAAGUGCCCAACCCCUGGCUGCACAGGCCAGGGCCACGUGAACAGCAACCGCAACACACACAGAAGUUUGUCUGGGUGUCCCAUCGCUGCUGCUGAAAAAUUAGCCAAAUCUCAUGAGAAGCAGCAGCCGCACACAGGAGACCCUUCCAAGAGCAGCUCCAAUUCCGAUCGGAUCCUCAGGCCCAUGUGCUUCGUGAAGCAGCUGGAAGUCCCUCCAUAUGGGAGCUACCGGCCCAGUGUGGCCCCUGCCACACCCAGAGCCAACUUGGCCAAGGAGCUGGAGAAAUUCUCCAAGGUUACCUUUGACUACGCAAGUUUCGAUGCUCAGGUUUUUGGCAAACGCGUGCUUGCCCCAAAGAUUCAGACCAGCGAAACCUCACCCAAAGCCUUUCAAUGCUUCGACUACUCACACGAUGCUGAGGCUGCACACAUGGCGGCCACCGCCAUCCUGAACCUCUCCACCCGCUGCUGGGAGAUGCCCGAGAACCUCAGCACGAAGCCACAGGAUCUGCCCAGCAAGUCCGUGGACAUCGAGGUGGACGAAAAUGGAACCCUGGACUUGAGCAUGCACAAACACCGCAGACGGGAAAAUGCUUUCCCCAGCAGUAGCAGCAGUUGCAGCAGCCCCGGCGUCAAGUCUCCCGAUGUCUCCCAGCGCCAGGGCAGCACCAGUGCCCCCAGCAGCUCCAUGACCUCGCCCCAGUCCAGCCAGGCCUCCCGCCAGGAUGAGUGGGACAGGCCAUUGGACUACACCAAACCCAGUCGCCUGCGAGAGGAAGAGCAGGAGGAGUCAGAGCCAGCAGCCCAUUCUUUUGCUUCUUCUGAAGCAGAUGACCAGGAAGUGUCCGAAGAGACUCUCGAGGAGCGGAAGUACCCCGGGGAAGUCACCCUGACCAACUUUAAGCUGAAGUUUCUCUCCAAGGACAUAAAGAAGGAGCUGCUCACCUGCCCCACCCCCGGCUGUGACGGCAGCGGCCACAUCACUGGGAACUAUGCCUCCCACCGCAGCCUCUCUGGUUGCCCUCUUGCUGACAAGAGCCUCAGAAACCUCAUGGCUGCCCACUCUGCUGACCUCAAGUGCCCCACGCCUGGCUGUGACGGCUCUGGCCACAUUACAGGGAAUUAUGCUUCACACCGGAGCUUGUCGGGCUGCCCUCGUGCCAAGAAAAGUGGAGUCAAGGUGGCACCCACCAAGGACGACAAGGAGGACCCGGAGCUGAUGAAGUGCCCAGUGCCUGGCUGUGUGGGGCUCGGUCACAUCAGCGGCAAAUACGCCUCUCACCGAAGCGCAUCUGGCUGCCCUCUGGCUGCCCGGCGGCAGAAAGAGGGGUCCCUCAACGGCUCGUCAUUCUCCUGGAAGUCGCUGAAGAAUGAGGGACCCACCUGUCCCACCCCAGGCUGUGAUGGCUCUGGCCACGCCAAUGGGAGCUUUCUCACUCACCGGAGUUUGUCUGGCUGUCCCAGAGCAAGUUUUGCUGGAAAGAAAGGAAAACUCUCAGGGGAUGAGGCUCUCAGCCCAAAGUUCAAAACCAGUGACGUGCUGGAGAAUGAUGAGGAGAUCAAGCAGCUGAACCAGGAAAUCCGAGACCUGAAUGAGUCCAACUCGGAGAUGGAGGCCGCCAUGGUGCAGCUGCAGUCCCAGAUCUGCUCCAUGGAGAAAAGCCUGAAGAGCAUUGAAGAAGAGAACAAGCUCAUUGAGGAGCAGAAUGAAGCCCUGUUUCUGGAGCUGUCUGGCCUGAGCCAGGCCCUCAUCCAAAGUCUCGCCAACAUCCGCCUUCCACACAUGGAGCCAAUAUGUGAACAGAACUUCGAUGCCUAUGUGAGCACCCUCACCGACAUGUACUCCAACCAGGAGUGCUACCAGAGUCCCGAGGACAAGGACCUCCUAGAGAGCAUCAAGCAGGCCGUAAGGGGCAUCCAGGUCUAG